AAAAGAACCCAUGCCCUCAUUCACUCACAAAGCAGUGCUCGACAAUGUCUUCAUCCAUGUGUGCAUUUGUUCUUCUCUUCAUCUGCUUUCCGAGUCAGGUGGAUGGUGUCCAUCAAAGUCCUCCUCAGAUAGUGGAGGAGAACACCACAGUCACCAUCAGCUGCAGCCACGAUGACACAAGUCGUCCAGUAAUGCUGUGGUACCAGCAAAGAGAGUCACACAGUCAGUCCAUAAUCCUCAUCGGGUUUGGAUACGGGGGAGGCACCCAAUCCUACGAGGGCCAGUUUGAAGAGGAGUUUGAGCUAAAGAGAGAAAGCACAUUAAAAGGAGCUCUGAUCAUCCGCAGAGCGAGCCCCGUACACUCAGCUGUGUAUUUCUGUGCUGCAAAUCGAGCCAAGAGUGUGGAGUUUCAGCAGUCUCUGCCCAAAAUAGCCAAUGUGACGGACAGGGUAGAAAUUAAAUGUAGUCACAAUGACAACGAGCUGUAUGUGAUGCUCUGGUACCAGCAAAGACAGAAUGGACAGCUGAGCCUGAUGGGAUUCAGCUACGAUACCACUAAUCCCAACUACGAGGAGCAGUUCGUGGAUCAGAUUGAGAUCUCGAGGGAAAGCAGACAGCAGUCAGUCAGGCUACAUGGAGCUCACCUCAGCCGUCAGUCAGACCGAGCUGCACAGCUGCUCUCCCAAACUGAGAGAUGGAGGCUGAGAUAUGGAAAGCUCGGGUGGGGGAAGGCAAGACAAGACGAACGAAGUGAAGACAGGUUUUUGUCUGACGCUUUUUCAAUGUGGGGACAGGGGGGCAAUUACGAAGCCUAUUUCGGCCUGGGCACCAAACUGACUGUUCUUGAUUCAAACCACACUGUCACCCUGCCCAAGGUGAAAGUGUUGAAACCUUCAAAAAAAGAGUGUGAAAGAAAAGGCAAGACAUACAAGAAGAAGACCUUGGUGUGUUUGGUCUAUGGUUUCUACCCGGACCAUGUGAAUGUGUUCUGGCUGAUUGACGGAGUAAAAGUCACAGAUGGUGUAGCGACCGACAACACUGCCCAGAAGGCAGGGCAGCACUACAACAUCACCAGUCGGCUGACGGUCGGGCUCAGAGAGUGGCUUACGGAAGGCGCGAAUUUCACCUGCGCCGUCGAAUUCUUCAGAGGGAAUGGAACGGUGCAAUGUUCGGAUUGGAUCAUAGGUGUCGACGAUCGAGUCAACAGAGACAAGUAUCUGAGGAUCACAAACAACGCCAAACUGUCCUACGCUGUUCUGAUCAUCAAGAGCAGCAUCUACGGAGUCUUUGUGGUGUUUCUGGUGUGGUGGCUUCAGCGGUCACCUGGAAAACAGAACGACUGACAGCGGAGCUGCACAAACCAGCAGAAUGUCCCGCUUUCUGUGAAUAAAAAGGAUGAAUGCAUUUGCUUUGAACGCUUAAUUCAGCGCAUCACAUUCUGAACAUAUUAAAGUUACUAUAGUGUUAAAACCAUGUGAGUAAUUUGCAGCCAAAUGAUGUUGUCUGUUUAUAUAAUGCUUUAGGAUGAAUCUUUAUUCUCUAUAAUAAAGGUUUUUCACAUGA